CAAUUUUAUUGGUUUGCUUAGAAAGAGAGAGAAGAUGGCUAAAGGUGUGAAUAGUACUUUAGUGUAUAUUCUUGGUGCCUUGUUUAUGGUGAGUUUUGUGUUUGUUUUCGAAGCCAUGUUGACAGUAUUCUCAAUGUUUUAUUCGGAUGCAUUUGCCAAGAAGUUAGUUCAAAUUGAAAGAAAUACAAAAGGAAUAUCAAAACAUGAACAAUUAGAUAUUAGAAAUUGUGACUUGUUUGAAGGGAGUUGGGUGUUGGAUGAUGAUCUUGUGCCUUUAUAUAACACGACAACUUGUCCAUUCAUUCGAAAGACCUUUGAUUGUACCAAGCGCCCUGAUCGUCAAUAUCUUAAAUAUAGAUGGCAACCUACUGCUUGUCAUUUACCAAGGUUUGAUGGUAGAGAUUUUUUGAAGAGAUACAAGGGGAAGCAGAUCAUGUUUAUUGGAGAUUCUCUAAGUCUAAAUAAUUAUGACUCAUUUUUAUGCUUACUCUAUGUUUCAGUGCCUGGAAUAAAUUAUAAGACCAAGUUAACCAACCAAAGUGUUACUGUAAUUUUUGAGGAUUACGACGUAUCAGCCACAUUAUUCAACUCAUUAUACCUAGUAGACGUUGAAGAGGAACAUAUUGGAAAAGUGUUAAAACUCAAUUCCAUUAAAAAUGGAGAGAUUUGGAAGCAAGCUGAUGUUUUGAUCUUCAAUACUUGGCUUUGGUGGGCUAGAAGAAAGCCAAGACAACCGUGGGAUUAUAUUAAGGAUGGUGGCAAGAUAGUGAAGGAUAUGAAUCGUAUGGUUGCAUUUCGGAGAGGUUUAAACACAUGGGUCAAAUGGGUUGAGACAGAAGUGGAUCUAACCAAAACCAAAGUUUUCUACCAAGGGGAAGCCGCUUCUCAUCACUACGGAGAAGAUUGGGGUGAGCCAGGAGUGAAGGGUUGCUUAAAUCAAACAACACCAGUAGCUGGAUCAAUUUACCCAGGUGGUUUGCCAUUACCUGCAAAAAUAGUGAAAGAAGUAUUGAAGAAUAAGUCAAAGUCAAUAUUCCUACUGGAUAUUACAAUACUAACCCAUUUAAGAAAAGAUGGACAUCCAGGCAAUUAUAAUGGCUAUGGAGGCGUUGAUUGUACACAUUUUUGCCUUUCUGGAGUUCCUGAUACUUGGAACCAACUCUUUUAUGCUUCUCUUCUCCAUUUAACGUCUUAGAAAUUAAACAUCGAAGAAUAAUUUUGGAAAAAGAUUAUGUAUUAUUCUCUCCUUUUUCCACCUUCUUAUUUACUGUACGGCUUCUUUUCUUGAACUUUAA